GGGAAGCUAUCCCGGCGGGCCGCGCGCGCGGCGGCGUUUGAAUGGUUGGAGAGUGGGGCCCGGCUCGGGACCCGACGGGCGCUCUGGGCUGCUGGGCGCGGUUCGUCAGCGCCGUGGCUGGGCUGAGGCGCCGCGGUACCAUGAGGCGCCGACAGGGUCUCAGUUUGUACAGAGGAUCUCCUGUUCUCCCGCCUAAGUGCUACGAUUAUGGGUGUAAGCCACCACUCUCAGCUUAAAAUUCACCCUAUUUAGUGUAUAUAUUUUUAUUAGUUUUGACAGGUAUUUAAGAGAUUAUGGCAUCUGAAACCCACAAUGUUAAAAAAAGGAACUUCUCUAAUAAUAUUGAGGAUCAUUCCCUUGAUCUUCCUAGAAAGAGGAUCUCUAAUUUCACUAAUAAGAACAUGAAGGAGGUUAAGAAAUCUCCAAAACAGUUGGCUGCUUACAUAAGUAGAACAGUUGGACAAGCUGUGAAAAGCCCAGAUAAACUACGAAAGGUGCUCUACCACAGAAAGAAAAUUCAUCAUCCCUUUCCAAAUCCUUGUUACAGAAUCAAACAGUCCCCUAAAAGUGGGGGCCGUGACAUGGCAAAUAAAGAAAAUGAACUGGCUUGUGCAGGCCACCUGCCUGAAAAAUUACGCCAUGAUAGUCGAACAUUUUUGGUUAAUUCCAGUGAUUCUGGUUCUUCACAGACAGAAAGUCCAUCGUCAAAAUAUAGUGGGUUUUUUUCUGAGGUUUCUCAGGACCAUGAAACAAUGGCCCAAGUUUUGUUCAGCAGGAAUUUGAGAUUGAAUGUAGCUUUGACUUUCUGGAGAAAGAGAAGUAUAAGUGAGCUUGUAGCUUAUUUGGUAAGGAUCGAAGAUCUUGGAGUUGUGGUAGAUUGCCUUCCUGUUCUAACCAAUAGUUUACAGGAAGAAAAGCAAUAUAUCUCACUUGGCUGCUGUGUAGACUUAUUGCCUCUAGUAAAGUCAUUACUUAAAAGCAAAUUUGAAGAAUAUGUAAUCGUUGGCUUAAAUUGGCUUCAAGCAGUAAUAAAAAGGUGGUGGUCAGAACUCUCAUCUAAAUCAGAAAUUAUAAGUGAUGGAAAUAUUAAAGUUUUAAAACAACAAUUAAGUGGAUUAUGGGAACAGGAAAACCAUCUUACUUUGGUUCCAGGAUAUACUGGUAAUAUAGCUAAGGAUGUAGAUGCUUAUUUAUUACAGUUGCAUUGAGAGAUUUCAUCUUCUAAAGAGUAUUUGGUUAUUUAAAACAUCGCUGGAUUAUAUGAUUUCUAAAAGUAGGUCUCUUCUGAGAACUGUGAACCCUGGAAGAAGUCAAACCAUUUUUCUUUUUAAAAGCCACAUAAUAAAACCACUAAUGAAAUCCUAACAAUCUACUUCACAUUGAAGUGGAAAAAUAUCCAGAUGGAGCAGCUUCAGCUUCAAUGAGGUGAAAGUCCACUAUGGAGACUGUUUGCCUUUGCUGCAUGGAGAAUUUAUAUGACUGUUGGGUAGCAUUAUUUAAGGACUACUGGAUCUUAAUGCAAUCCUGCACAAGAAUAUCCUGUGUAGUAUGUGAAAAAAUUUCAGGACUUGUACUAGGAACUACAAAGACCAAUCAUCAUUAAUUUUUAUUGUGUUUUAUAAAGAAACACUUAAAUGUAUGCAGCUAUUUUCUUCUGUUGAAAAGACCGAAAAUUUAAAGCAUCAUAAUCAAUAUUAAAAUUUUUGUUCACACUGAUACUGUGUAUUCAAAAUGCCUUAAUUAUUCAUAAGCCAAUGUGUUAUAAUACAAUAUCUCUCUUUUUUUUUAAAAUUUAAAACAACUAUGCUUCUGGCAUGAUAAAAUCAUGGAAUUAAAUCAGGGGUUUACAUUCAUGUAGAAUGUUGUUGAAAUAUAUUCCACACCAUUUUUUAAACUUGAGAGUAUUUUUAGUAUCUCUGAUUUUUUUUUUGCCAGAAUCUUCAUAUUAUGUUUGUAUGUAUGUGUUAUCACUAUAUAAAGAAAAAAGGUGAAUAUGUAUUUGAAUGAAUGUUUAACUGGAAAUGUCCGUGGAGUUGGUUAAUUUAUAUUCACUUUUUAUUGUAUAUAGAUUUCUAAUGCUUUUCAUUUCUGUAACAUUUAAACUUACUUUGAGUAAAUUUACUAAAUAUUUCUAUUUUUUGUUUUUUUAUUCUAAUUUUAUAUGAAAUCUAAUUCUUUUCACUACAUGUGUUUUGAAGUUCCUCCCAUAAAAUGUUUCAGAAUUGUUUACAAUUAAUGCUGAUAUUUUAAGUUCCAACAAAUUAUAUCACUACCUCCUCUAAUGGUUAGUAUAAAAUUCUAGAAAACUGUAUGAAAUUUUUAGUACUAUUUUUAGCAUUAAUUAACUCAAUUCUGUAAUGUCUGUAAUAGUUCUGAAUCUUACCUGUCUUAAAAGUGAUUGGAGUUUAAUACCACUACUGCUGGUUCAUUCAUCAUCUAUUUUUACUAAGUCUGGCAAGCAUCCAAGCAAAGAUAAAUUUGAUUUCUCUUCAUAUUCUAAUGCAAAUCUUUAAUAUUUACCAAGUUAGUAACUACCGGGAAGCCACCCCAUCAUCUUUUCUUACUAUUAAAAAAAAAAAAAAAAAAAGUUUAAUCCCAACACUUGGAGGCAGAGGCAGGCGGAGGUCUGUGAGAUGGAGGCCAGUCUUGUCUACAUGGGGAGUUCCAGACCAGCUUGGACUUCAGGGAAACCCUGCCUUCCAAAAAAAAAAAGUUUAAGAUCUUACCUUUCACUGAGUUCUAUUUUUAUAUAGCUAUAUUUUAUUUAGCUGUAUACUCACA